UUCUUUUUCCUUUUUUUUUUCUUCCUUUCUUCUUCAUUAUGGAUCCAGAAACAAAAAACAAGCUUAUUUUAUUACAUGCUGCACUUAUGGUAUUUGUAUGGAUGCUUGCUGUCCCAAAAAAAGGGCAAAACAUGGGGCCCAAAGUACAUAUGCUUAUCAUGACAACAGCAGGAUUUGUGCCUUUUACUAUUUCAGCAUUUAUUGCAUUUGGUAUAUCUGGUCAACUUAAACUCAAACCACAUUCUGGCAUUGGCACUGCUUUAUCUAUUGGAGUAUGGUCUCAAGUCAUGUUGGGUACUGUAAACCAUCUCUUGUUUCGUUAUCGUCGAAAGCAUCAUUGUUUGCCUCCUAAACGCCCUUGGAACAAUCAUGUUCAUAUUUGGCUUGGCCGACUAUUACUGUUUAUGGCAUUAAUUAAUAUUCCUUUAGGUAUGAGGAUCAAAAAAGCAGCAAUGCCACUGUAUAUUCUUUAUGGUAUCUGGUUAUUAGUCUUGGCUAUCGCAUUUUUAUGGCUUGCCUUUCUUUCUGAAAAGAAACAAGACACAGUUGAACCUGAUAAAGAAGUAGAAAAAAUGGCUAUAAAUGAAACAAAGGCAUAGGGUUGUGACUAAAUUUAGAAUUAG